AUGUUGAGUGCUAGUUACUAUGUUCAAUUUAAACUUAAUAAUGGAAAACCCGUUGGAAAUGCCGCACCUGGCACGGAUCAUUCAGUUAUGACCGCUCAUAAAUCUGAAAAAGAUGCUAUUUUACGUACAAUUAAACUUUUCGGCUCUGGCACCUAUGCUUGUGGUGUAAUGAUUCUUAGACCUGAUAGUGGUGAUCCUGUAGAAGUGAUUUUAAUGGCGCUCAGAGCUGCAGAUAAAGUAUUUGGAAGUUAUGUAAAUAAAAAAGGUUACAAAGUUCUUCGUGGUUGUUCUGUCGUUCAAGGUGAUGCUGUUACCAUUGAAAGUAUAAAGAUUAUUCUUAAUGCUGUCAAGGAAGCUGGCUAUUCAGUACAAAACGUAACUUUUGGUAUGGGUGCUGGUCUCUUACAAAAAAUUGAUCGCGAUACGAUGAGUUUUGCCACCAAAUUAUGUCACAUUACGUAUGCUGAUGGAACACAAAAAGAUGUUAUGAAGUUUCCUAAGACAGGAUCCAAUAAAACUAGCUUACCUGGCGAAUUUAUCGUUAAGAGAAAUGAACAUGGCGUGCCAAUUGUUUAUCCAAAAGAGGUUUGCGCUGAAAAUGAUCCUGAGAACUUACUGCGUGUGGUUUAUGAUCAUGGUAAAGUAUCGGAAUGGGAUGAUUUUGAUACUAUUCGAAAACGCGUGGCUAAAGAGUGGCCACUUUUACCACGCUCUUAUGAUAACAUUAGUCCAGAACUUAAGUCAAAAAUUUCAAAGU